CUUUUUUCUCUUCUCAGCUCAGCUCAGCUCAGCUCAGCUCAUUGGAAAAACUAGUAGAAGAAGAAGAAGAAGAGUGUGACUGUUAUUCAAUGGUUCUUCUAUUCUACUCCUUAAGGAAAUACUGAAUAAGAUAUUUAUUUUGCGAACCCUAAAUCAUCAUCUCCGUAACACAGGUUUAGCAUCUAAGCAAUGUCGUCACCAAUGCAAGUUGCAACCCAGCAUGCCCAUGAGGUAGGACCACCUACACCUGCUACUGGAUCAUCAACAACUCUUGCAAGUCCAACUGCUGCUGUUCCAGCUCCAGGUGGAGACUCAUCGCCACAGAAAGGUUCAAGUGAUACUAAAAAUGAUGCGAUGUUAGAAUCUCCCCAAACAAAUUCUCUCACGUCACCUUCAUUCUCCUACAAUGCAGUUUCCAAUGGUGACAGUGUGCCAGGAAAUGCCGAACAACCUUCUACUCCUGAUAUGAAGUCCAACGGACCAGGAGGUGUGGCGUCCCUUCAGCCCCCAGUUCAGACUUCGACGACUGGACCUUCAUUCUCAUACAACAUCAUGCCACAGAAUACUGCUGGAGCCUCUAGCCAUCACUUCCAAUCUAGUACGAAUACCUUAUCUGCAGCCCUUCAAGAAGCUCGGACCGCCACAUCUGCAUCACCUAAUUCCCAGAGUCUGCCUUUGCGUGUCCAUCCUUCAAGUUCCUCAAUGUGGAUGCCUACUGCCCCAGCUUUUCCUGGACGCCCUGUCAUGCCCGGCACCCCCUCAACUUCAGGUCUCUCAGGAAUUCCUCCAUCUGUGUCGCCAUCUACUUCUUCAGCUCCUGCACAGUUCAGACAGCUGACGCCACCUACUGCUCAUAUUCCAUACAAUUCAGCUGUUCAGCAACACUUUCAUCCGCCUUAUGCAUCUCGACCUGCUAUGCCUUUACCCCAUCAAACACCUUGGUUGCAGCCCCCGCCUCAUGGUGGCUUUCAGAAUCCACCUUUUUUACCCUACCCUCAUGUAUUUCCUGGGCAAUAUAUUAUGCCUAUUCGUGGUGUGAAUUUGUCUUCUGGAACCUUGCCAGAUCCACAGCCUCUUGUGGUACACCCACAUGGACCUCCUGGAGGGAUCUCUCUAUCUUCUAUUGGACCUGCCCAGUCUAUAAGCAGAUCAGGGAUGCAAGCUGAAUUACCUCCUCCAGGAAUCGAUCACAACAAGCAGAUGAACGCUGAUGGAGGCUCUAUUAACACCCAAGAAGAUGCGUGGACUGCACACAAGGCUGAAACAGGAGCAGUGUACUAUUAUAAUGCCAUCACAAAAGAAUCCACAUAUGUGAAGCCUGUAGGUUUUAAGGGGGAGCCUAAUAAAGUGACAGUUCAGCCAACUCCUGUUUCAUGGGAAAAAUUGCCCGGUACUGACUGGGCGUCAGUAACCACAGAUGAUGGAAAGAAGUACUACUACAACAGUAUAACCAAGGUUAGCAGUUGGCAAAUACCCAGUGAAGUGACAGAAUUGAAAAAGAAACAGGAUGAAGACCUCGUUAAAACAAGUAUGCUAUUGGUGCAAAAUGCUAAUUUACCUGAGAAAGAACCUGCCCCUAUUACUCUGAGCACUCCUGCCAUUACUACGGGAGGUCGGGAUGCUACUGCAUUUAGAUCAUCUGCACCUGGAGCGUCGUCUGCUCUGGAUUUGGUUAAAAAAAAGCUACAGGAUUCCGGUGUUCCCGCUGCCUCUUCUCCUCUUCAAACUUCCUCCAUACCUGCAGCAUCAGAUGUUAACGGUUCUAAACCAGCUGAUGCGGCAGUGAAAAAGAGCCUGGGGGAAAACAGCAAAGACAAACAGAAGGAUGCUAAUGUAGAUGAGAAUAUGUCAGACUCAUCUUCAGACUCGGAAGAUGUGGACAGUGGGCCAACUAAGGAGGAGUGCAUAAUGCAAUUUAAGGAGAUGCUUAAAGAACGUGGAAUCUUACCGUUCUCGAAAUGGGAGAAGGAGCUGCCAAAGAUAGUAUUUGAUCCACGUUUUAAGGCUGUUCCAGGUUAUUCCGCACGCAGAUCGUUAUUUGAACACUAUGUCCGCACACGGGCUGAGGAGGAGCGCAAGGAAAAGAGGGCCGCUCAGAAAGCAGCAAUAGAGAAUUUCAAGCAGUUGCUCGAAGAAGCUUCAGAGGGUAUAGAUCAUAAGACUGAUUACCAGUCUUUCAAAAAGAAGUGGGGUAAUGAUCCACGAUUUGAGGCUUUGGAUCGCAAGGAACGGGAGCUUUUGUUGAAUGAGAGGGUUCUUCCACUAAAGAGAGCAGCUGAAAAGAAGAUUCGGGCUGUAAGAGAAGCAGCCACUUCUAGCUUCAAGUCUAUGCUGCGAGAUAAAGGAGAUAUAAAUACAAGUUCACGUUGGUCUAGGGUAAAAGAUAGCCUAAGAGAUGACCCUAGAUACAAAUCUGUUGGGCAUGAAGAUAGAGAAAUAUUGUUUAAUGAAUACAUAUCUGAAUUAAAAGCUGCGGAAGAGGAAGUGGAAAGAGUGUCAAAAGCGAAAAGAGAUGAACAGGAUAAACUCAAGGAAAGGGAACGAGAAAUGCGGAAACGGAAAGAAAGAGACGAACAAGAGGUAGAGAGAGUGCGCCUUAAAGUUCGUAGGAAGGAGGCUGUUUCUUCUUAUCAAGCUUUGCUUGUUGAGACAAUCAAAGACCCUCAGGCAUCUUGGACAGAAUCAAAGUCUAAAUUGGAAAGAGAUCCCCAAGGGCGUUAUAUCAACCCUGAUUUAGACAAAUCUGAUGCAGAAAAGCUUUUUCGAGACCACGUAAAGUCACUCUAUGAGCGGUGUGCGCGUGAGUUCCAAGCUUUGUUAGCUGAGGUCAUAACUGCAGAGGCAAGUGAUCAAGUGAGUGAAGAUGGGAAGACUAUUUUUACUUCCUGGUCCACUGCUAAACAACUUCUAAAAUCUGAUCCUAGAUAUUCUAAAAUGCCGAGGAAAGAAAGAGAGAUCUUAUGGCGCCAAUAUGCGGAGGAAAUGCAGCGAAAGCAAAAUGUGGGAUCUGACUCAAGGGAAGAUAAGCUUAGCACAGAUGCAAAGAGUAGAAGCUAUCUUGAUUCCAGGAGGUCACCAGGAGGAUCAAGGAAAAUUCAUGGGCGGAGUUAGCUACAAGGCAAAGUCGGAUUGGAGUGAGAUGCCAUUGCAUAGAGGAAGGAUCGCAUUAGAACUUGAGUGAACCAUGGUUAACAAAUGCUGCGGAGUUUGAGCAAACAAUGUUUAUGGGGUCAAUUGUUUCAUGGAAUAUGUACAUUUGCUCUGAAGUAUAGAGAACUGCACAUGGUGUGAAGUACUCUGAAACUUUGCAGUUCCACAUAGCUUCUUUUUGACUCUGAUUCUUCUUAGGGUUCACUUGUUUUGCAGACUCAAGUCUCUAUCAAGUAUAGAUUAGUCCUAUAUGUAUAUUAUUUUCAGUGCACUACAACUGUCUGCCAUUCUUGAUGUAAGUUUACUAAAAUAUCAUCCUUUUGCCUUGCAACUAAAAAGUGUAUAAUUCUGGCUUUUUGGCAAUUUGAAUCCUUUUAUGA